CCCCGAAGCCACCAGAGGAGGAGCCGUGCGUUGGGGCUCGCUGGGCAGCGCAAGAGGCGAGGCCCCCAAGCGGUGCCCUCCAGCAGCCGCGCUCCAGCCUCUGCGGGCCCGAGGGCGGGGCCUGUGGGCCGCCUCUCCUCCGCCCCCCCCCCACCCGGCCCCGCAUUCAGCGCGGCGCUCACGGCGGUGGGCAGUGGGCGGCGGGGUCAUGGGCUGCGACGGCCGAGUGUCGGGGCUGCUGCGCCGCCACCUGCAGCCCACGCUCACCUACUGGAGUGUGUUCUUCAGCUUCGGGCUGUGCAUCGCCUUCCUGGGGCCCACGCUGCUCGACCUGCGCUGCCAGACGCACAGCUCGCUGCCGCAGAUCUCCUGGGUCUUCUUCUCGCAGCAGCUCUGCCUCCUGCUGGGCAGCGCCCUCGGGGGUGUCUUCAAGAGGACCCUGGCCCAGUCGCUGUGGGCCCUCUUCAGCUCCACGCUGGCCAUCUCCCUGGUGUUUGCUGUCAUCCCUCUGUGCCACAAUGUGCGAGUUCUGGCGGCCGUCAUGGCAUUGGCUGGCCUGGCCAUGGGCUGCAUCGACACUGUGGCCAACAUGCAGCUGGUGCGCAUCUACCAAAAGGAUUCAGCCGUCUUUCUCCAGGCUCUCCAUUUCUUCGUGGGUUUUGGGGCCCUGCUGAGCCCCCUCAUUGCUGAUCCCUUCCUGUCUGAGAACUGCUGGCCUGCCAACAGCACAGCCAAUGUCACAGCCGGCAGUCACCUCUUCCACGCCUCCAGGGUCCUGGGCCAGCAUCAUGUAGGCCCCCAGCCUCAGCUCAACCAGACACUCCCCUGGCCACUCCCACAGGAUGGGGCAGUCACUCAUGUGUCCUACGCCUUCUGGAUCAUGGCCUUGAUUAACCUCCCGGUGCCCUUGGCCGUGCUGUUCCUGUUGUCCAAAGAGCGCCUGCUGACCUGCUGCUCUCAGCGCCGACCCCUGCUCCUGCCAGCGGACGAGCUGGCCCUGGAGACUCAACCACCACUGGACAAAGAAGACGCUUCCUCCUCCCCUUCCUCGUUGUCCCCAAAGUUCCAGCCACACCCAGGCCAUGAGGACCUGUUCAGCUGCUGCCAGCGAGGGAACUGCAGGGGUGCCCCAAGCUCCUUCUUCGCCAUCCACAUCACCGCUGCGCUGGUCCUGUUCAUGACAGACGGGAUGACGGGGACAUACUCCGCCUACGUGUACAGCUAUGCAGUGGAGAAGCCGCUGUCUGUGAGCCACAAGGUAGCAGGCUACCUGCCCAGCCUCUUCUGGGGUUUCAUCACCCUGGGCCGCCUCAUCUCCAUCCCCGUCUCCUCCAGAGUGAAGCCCGCCACCAUGGUCUUCAUCAACGUGGUUGGCGUGGUGGUGACAUUCUUCAUGCUUCUGGUCUUCUCCUACAAUGUCAUUUUCCUGUUUGUGGGGACAGCCAGCCUAGGCCUGUUCCUUAGCAGCACCUUUCCCAGCAUGCUGGCCUACACCGAGGAUGUUCUGCAGUACCAAGGUUGUGCAACCACUGUGCUGGUGACAGGGGCAGGAAUUGGCGAGAUGGUCCUCCAGAUGCUAGUUGGUUUGAUAUUCCAGGCUCGGGGCAGCUAUAGCUUCCUGGUCUGCGGUGUGAUCUUUGGUUGCUUGGCUUUCACCUUCUAUGUCUUGCUCCUGUUUUUCCACAGGAUGCACCCUGAACUCACAUCAGCUUCUAUCCAAGACAAGCCACUUGGAAUGGAAAACUUGGAGUGCUACCAGAGGUAAAAUUGGGUAGAAGAGGCAAGUGAAGACUUCCAGUCUCUGUAGCACCAACACAGAAUGAAAUCUAAGAAAUCUGUGUACAAAUGGGAGCAAUCCUACAGUGGUUUGGUGCGAAAUCUUCCCCACCGAUACUUGAUUGGGUAAAAGAAAUAAAAUUGAGUUCUGCUACCUGGCAAAUCA